AUGGUCCAGAUCAUCGUGGUUCUGAGCAUUUUAAGCGUUUUAGGAAAAGUCUGCGGCUUAUUGGUCACGAACACUUUGGAUCUCAAAUACAGGAACUUUAGAAAUCAUUCGCGAUCGGUGUUAAGAGAUAUAGUGAGGGAGAAUGGGAGACGGUACUACGCUAGUUUUAAGGAUUAUCCUUUCGUGGUGUUAGGGUUUGGACAGUUGCAGUGGCGUGGCCGGCUGUUCACGGCCGCAGCGUUGUCCAAAACCUGGGUAAUCACGUGCGCUCACUGCACCGAGCGUAUUCGUGGCCCCCAGAUAUGGUACGCAGGAUUCGACAAACCGCUGAACGACAACUCACCAAGCGUCAAAGUACUUGACAUCUUCUUACAUCCCAACUUUUACUCAUACAUGGAGCUACCUGACAAAUGGUCUAUGGAUAAUGACAUAAGUUUACUGCGAACAGAACCAAUAAACGAACAUGUUUUUGGAGUGCUGUGCUCGACGGACUACACAUCUUUGUUAGGUCUCGCUGUGACCUAUGUGGCUUCUGGGAUUACAGCAAAUUCGGAGGAGACAGUGACCAGGCUCCUGGACGUUGCUGAUGCGGCCAUUGUUAAUUGUCAUGACACGUUCCGAGGUUUUAAUAGGCAUUUGAUGUGUGCUACCCCGAAAUGUCAGGAAAGAACAACAGUCGCGGACGCUGGUGACUCCGGCAGUCCUCUGUUCUUCGAAGAAGAUAACGACCUGUGUUUAUUGCGCGUUAAAGAUAUCAACUUGCAAAGCUACGGGAGACUGUCUGCUGACGACUACUCCUCCUUCGUCGGGCUCUCGGUAACGUACGUGGGAGGUGGCGACACCAACAGCUCAAAAAGCAAAGAUCUGCUACCACUCCAGGUCGGCGAAGCUGCUGUAAUUCCGUGCAGCAGUGUGAUGAAGAUGAGGGAACCUUCUUACACACCAGCCACUGCAGUAGACGAUACUUUGGGCGUCGUAGAUCGAGCGAAGAUCUCUGGCCACCGCGAGCACACGUCUGUUUUCAGUGAGCAAGGGUAG